AUUUUUGGUAUUACCGCCACGGGAAACAUGCUCAGAAGAGAAUUUAGACGAAGAAGACAAUAACCCACGAAGAAGAAGGUCUCCAUAGCAACGUGCCGUGAAAGCGGAAGUGGCGUAAAGCGUGUUGACGCCGGAAUUUUGAAUCAAACUUGAGCGCCGUCCUGCAGCUGAAGGACAUUAUGAGCAAAAAUGAGGAGUCAAUGGACUUCAUGAACACAGAGUUCAACUGUUUUGUUUUGGACAUGAAACCAUAUGUACUCAAACACCCCAGCAAAAGUGAGCGUCAGCAUUGUGCCUUGUGGAUAAAAAAGCUGUGUGACCCAACAACAUGCGGCUCGAGUCUUAACAGUCACAAGAACCGCAAUCUGUACGCCCGUUUGCUUCUUCACAUGCUCAAAAGAGGCGUCCUGGAAGGUCCGUUUGCCAGCAAACCAGAACCUGGCAGUCUCAAAGCCCUUCCUACAUACAUGUCCAUCUAUUUUGACGAGCCUGUGAUUGGUCAACCUGUGGACCACUGCAAAGCAACACUUCCUGACUGGGUGACAGUGGAACUGGAUGACAACUUGGCUGCUGGCCUCCCUAGGAAUAGAACCACUUCCACACCGAACACAGCUCAUCUCAGGGACCAGCUGAAGGAGGAGAAGACCCCACGAGGAGGAGCCACCGCUUCCAGCCCACUCAAGCACUCACCCAGACAUGAAGCCAGAGUGGGAGAUGGAGGGCAGAUGUCUCCUGAUGACAGUGACCUGGAGGCUCGACUCAACAGCUGGAACCUGGGGAUUGAAAACCCCAGGUACUUGCGAGAAAAGGCUAUUCCCUUGUCGCCGAUUUUCAAGUCCAGCUAUGUCAGGAACAGCACCCUGACUGAUGACAUGGAUUUGCAGCUUUUGCAGAGCAAGGAGGUAGACAUGAGGGUAAAAAUAUUGGAGUCCAAGCACCUGGAGGAGAAACUGAGAAUGCAGCAGAGACAUGAUGCAGCUGUCGACAAAAUUCUACAUCGAAAGAAUGUGGAGAUUGAAGAGCUGAAGACUCUACAUCGGUCCAAGCAGAAGGAAUCCGAAGAGAUGCUCCACAAACUGGAGAGGAAAGUUCAAAGUGUGCUAAAGGAAUCUCAUGUCAUCUGCACCAGUAAAGACAUGCAGAUUGCUGAGCUGAAGAAGAUGACCGAUCAGAGCGCCGACUUCUUGAAAAACGAGUGGGAGAAGAAGCUGCAUGCAGCAGUGGCAGAGAUGGAGCAGGAGAAGUUGGAAUUGCAGAAGAAGCACACGGACAACAUCCAAGAGCUGCUGGAGAGCACCAAGAUGAGGCUGGCUAAGAUGGAGGCCGAGUAUACCGCUCGCUCCCGAUCCACCGUGCACACGGUGCAUGAGCUGGAGCAGCAAGUGGAGCGGCGGUCUGUGGAAGUGGAGCAAAGCAAUGCCUUGCUUCAGAAAGUGACACAAGAGAAGGCCCAGCUGGAGAUCCACCUUGCAUCCAUCAAUGUUGAACUGCAGGAGGCUAACAGAAGGUUUAUGGUCCUUCAGAAAGAGAAGGAUGAACAAAGCGUGCUGUCUCAGCAAACCUUCCAGAAGUUCCAGGCCAAACACGAGGCUGAUGUGAGCCAUUUACACAAGGAGCAUGCUCUGUCUGUGGCUAAGGCCUCUGAGGUGAUGAAGGACUUUGAGAACACCAUUGCCCAGCUGAAACAGCAGCUCCUGGUCAGUGAACAUCAGAGACAGACACAAGCUCGGGAUCAGGAUUUGAAGUUCCAGCAGGAAAAAGAUGAACUGCAGCUCAGCUACAACACAAAGGUUCUAGUACUGCAUAGUGAGGCGGAGAAAGAGAGAACAGAGGCCUCAAGGAAGAUAGCCAAACUAGAGGAUGCAGUCAGAGACAUGGAGACAGAACUGGACCGAACCCGAGAGAGCUACAGAGGGCAGAUCCAGCAGGCUGACGUUGCCCUGGAGCAGUUCAGGAGACAGGUGAAGCUCAGCUCCGAGAAGGCCGAAACCGAACUGAAGCUCCAGAUGGAGAAAGUUGAGGAAGACCUCCAACGCUCCAGGUGUCUCCGUGAAAACCAAACCAAGGAGUUCUCGCUGCAACUCGAUGCUGUCAGACAAAAAUACGAGCAGCAGAUGGCUGAGCAGCGCGCCAAGCACGAGCAGGAGAGGACACGCCUGCAACAGCAGCAUUGCGCCGAAAAGGACAGCCUUGUCCAGGAGCGCCAGCGGGAGGUGAGCAGCCUGGAGAGCCAGGCCAGGGCCGCCUUGCAGCAGCACCAGCAACACACUCAGGAGUGGAGGAAGCGUGAUGCCCAGGCGAUUUCCGAUUUGGAGGCCCAGUUGUCGUGUUUGCGUGAGGAACUCCACGUGGAUCGUGUCCAACAUAAGCAACAGCUGGCCAAGAUGGCAGUGCUCCGAGAGGAGGAAAAGCAGAGGGCUUACCUGGACAAAGACGCGUCCCUAAAGCGGCUCCGCUCUGACAUGGAAAGCAUUCACAACGAGCUUGAGAGAAAUCACCAGCAAGAGAAGGAAGCUGCUGAGGAGAAGGCCAACAGCAAGUUGAAGCACAUGGAGAAGGAAUACAGUCAGAAGCUGACCAAGUCUGCACAGGUCAUACUGGAACUCCAGCAGUCUGUGUGCAGCUCCAAGGAGGAAGCUGUUUGUCUUCAACAGGCCAUGAGGAGACAACUGGAGGAGGCCAACCAUCGAUGGGCGCAAGAGAGGAGAGAGAUAACCCAGCAGGCCGACCAGGACACCAAGGCUCUGCAGGAGAAGGUGGAAAGCCUACAGAGGCGGCUGCGCUGCUCCGAGAAGACGCUGCUAAGCAAAGAGCUGGAGACCGAAGAGAAGGUCACCGCCGUGCAUCAGGAAUACGAGGAGAAGAUUAAAGGUCUGAUCCCAGCAGAGUUAAGACAGGAACUGGAGGACACCAUCACGUCGCUCAAAGCUCAGGUUGUGUUCCUUCAGAGGAGAGCCACCGUCCUGCAGGAAGAUCUGGACGCAUGUCGCAAAAACAAGAGGUAGCACCAAGGGAGGGACAUCCAUCCAGCAUGAAGACGUCCAAUCAGAUGUUGUGUGAGGACCACAGGCCCAAACAUCCAAGGCUGUAGAUGGAGGUGAUUCAAGGUCAUCACAUGUGACUUUAUACCAGCACAUCAUUUUACGUUAAACUCAUAUUGGUACAUGUUUUAUAUUUAUCAAGUAUACCUUUUAAGUGUUAGGUGUGUGAACCGAGGGCCAAACUCUUUAUUCUUCAACACGUUGAUGUGUAUGUUUGUCUUAUGUUCAUUAAAAAAAUAGGACACUCCAACCAUAGAAAAUGGUUGGAUGCCACUCAGAGGCUGACGUCAUUUCAGCACCCCAGCAGGCACCCAAUGAAUGCGUUGCUCGGAUGCAAUGUAUUGGGUUUUUAUUUUAAACUCAUAUUGGUACAUGUUUUAUAUUUCUCAGGUAUACCUUUUAAGUGUUAAGUUACAGUGUGAUGAGUUUAAUGUUCUUUUGUAAGAUGGCACCAGCACAUCAUUGUAUGUGUCUUUUUAAUGGAGAUUGUUAUUUUAAGGUCAUAUUGGUACAUGUUUUAUAUUUCUCAGGUAUAUCUAAGUGUUAAGUUACAGUGUGAUGAGUUUAAUGUUCUUUGUAAGAUGGUACCAGCACAUCAUUGUACGUGUCUUUUUAAUGUUGAUUGUUCCAAUUGUCAGUUUGGACACACCAUCUCCAUGUUUGCUCCAUCUGCCAUCAUGUUCUUUGUCUUCUCUUUGGCUUGUAUGAUUCUUUGUUGUUAUGGUAUUUAUGGCAUGCGAGUCUUCCUUUUUUUCUUCCCUUUCUUUCUCUCCCCUUCUUCCCCGUGCCGUGUCAGUCUAAGUGGUGAAAAGGAUAUGCAGCUGUGUGGUUUGAAAGCAGGUUAGAGGCUACGUAGCUUUAGCGAGGAAGACACAGCAGUUUGUGUAUGGAAUUGCGCCCGGGACUUUGCAGCCUGACUUUAGGCUGAACUUAGAGACCAAUGUGUUUUUUGUUAUUAGAUUAGGUUUUAGGGUUAACCCUAACCCAUCCACGCUGGGGUUCAUAUGUUUUGGGAAUUUCAUUCGGAAUUUGUGACAUUUGUGGCGCCCCCUAUUGGGGUCGAAAUUUUUUGUUGACAGUUGGAAAUGCGAUUCGAUCACAUGCUGUGACGUUUCGGUCUAUGGCGGCCAUGUUUCUCAGCCAUUCUUGCUAAAACUUUACAUAUCUGUGUAUGUUUGUCCCAUAAUGCUGGAUACUAAGUUUGGUGUUGACGUUUUUAAAAGUAGGGCUGAAUGGCACCCCCCUAUUAGGUUGGUUGGGUUCAAAAUGGAGGACAUGGAAAGACAUUGUUUUGUAGGUGGGCUCAAAGGUUUACAACUAUAGGACGAUGAAUGGUCGAUGAUAUUGGCAGUUAGCUCUGAUUCUGCUUUGUGGUCAAUACGUUUCGGUCCAUGGCGGCCAUGUUUCUCAGACAUUCUUGCUAAAACUUUACAUAUCUGUGUAUGUUUGUCCCAUAAGGCUGGAUACCAAGUUCGGUGUUGACGUUUUUAAAAGUAGGGCUGAAUGGCACCCCCCUAUUAGGGUGGUUGGGUUCAAAAUGGAGGACAUGGAAAGACGUUGUUUUGUAGUUUGGCUCAAAGGUUUACGGUUAUAGGACGAUGAAUGGUUAAUAAUAUUGGCAGUUAGCUCUGAUUCUGCUUUGUGGUCGAUACGUUUCGGUCUAUGGCGGCCAUGUUUCUCAGACGUUCUUGCUAAAACUUGUCAUAUCUGUGUAUAGUUGUCCAGGUUUGGUGUUGACGUUUUUAAAAGUAGGGCUGAAUGGCACCCCCAUAUUUGGUUGGUUGGGUUCAAAAUGGAGGACAUGGAACAACAUUGUUUUGUAGGUUGGCUCAAACGUUUACGAUUAUAGGAUGAUGAAUGCUAAAUGAUAUUGGCAGUUAGCUCUGAUUCUGCUUUGUGGUCAAUACGUUUCGGUCCAUGGCGGCCAUGUUUCUCAGCCAUUCUUGCUAAAACUUUACAUAUCUGUGUAUGUUUGUCCCAUAAUGCUGGAUAUCAACUUUGGUGUUGACGUUUUUAAAAGUAGGUGCUGAAUGGCACCCCCCUAUUAGGUAGGUUGGGUUCAAAAUGGAGCACAUGGAAAGACAUUGUUUUGUAGGUUGGCUCAAAGGUUUACGAUUUUUGGAUGAUGAUUUUGCUUUGUGGUCAAUACAUUUCGGUCCAUGGCGGCCAUGUUUUUUUCAGCCAUUCUUGCUAAAACCUUAUACAGACUGGUUUUACAAUAAUGCUGCGUACCAAGUUUGGUGUUGAGGUUUUAAAAAGUAGGAGUGAAAUUUUGAAUUUUUAUGGCUUCUAUGGUGCCAAGACAUGUUCCGACAAUCGUACUGAAAAAUUAGGAUUCAUUUAUUUUGAUUGUAAACAGGAAAAUACACAGGCAAACCAGACAUGAAGCAGUAGCUGUCCAUCAGUUGGUGGGCAUCGUACUUUUUAAAACGUCUUCAUGUUGUACUAGUCUUCAGGUGCUGUGGAAUCUCAUUCCAGGCUUAAAGACUUGUGUAUGUUAGUCUCAUAAGGUUCUGGGUUGAUAGGACAGAAUAAGUAGUUUAGAUAUAUCAUAUCUUAGUAUCUCACAGAUUUGUCAGCAUUGUUAGAGAGGGAGUGUCGAAGUAAGACAUCAAAUGUGGAGUCUGCAGAACCAUCGAGUUAGUUAAUCAGCUCACUGGAGGCAUGGAGAAGGAAGACGGGGGGUUCAAGUGAUGGA